GCCGGAACGGGACACCGCGGAAAAGAUCCGUUCCGGAAUCCGGACUUGGUCUUGCAGUGUGUAAGCCCUCCUUCAUCUCACUGCUGGAGCAGAGACAAGAGUCCUGGGAUGUGAAGGAACAGGAGUCACGAACCAUGCACCCAGAGAAUCUUUCUGACUGUAACAACGCUAUGAAAGACUUUGAUCAACACCCCAAACUUACCAUCCGUGAAUGUGGAGAGAAGCCACACAGGCAGGAAGAAGGUGAUGAAUCAGCUUCCGGUCAGCAUCCCAGGGUGCAUAAAGGAGACACGCCCUAUAAAUGCAAAGACUGUGGGAAGGCCUUUAAAUACCGCUCUAUCCUCUACCAACACCACGUAAUCCACAUGGCCGCAAGACCCUACAAAUGUAAGGAGUGUGGCAAGGCUUUCAAGAGAAGUAGAAACCUCGCUCAGCACCAGGCGACACAUAGGAGAGAGAAACCACACAAGUGUGAGGAGUGCGGCAGAGCCUUUCCUACGCUCUCUGUCCUCACUCAGCACCGCAUCGCCCACACCGGGGAGAAGCCCUUCAAGUGUAAAGACUGUGGCAGGGCCUUUCAGUAUCUUUCAAGCCUUACUCAGCACGAAGUCAUUCAUAGUGAAGCCAAACCCUACAAAUGCCAGGAAUGUGGCAAGGCCUUCAAGAGAAGCCACACGCUCAGUCAACACCAGGUCAUUCAUCAAGGAGAGAAGCCACACAAGUGUGAAGAGUGCGGCAGGGCCUUCAGCAAGCACUCAUCUCUUACACAACACCAGGUCAUCCACACGGGAGAGAAGCCCUACCAGUGCCGAGAGUGCGGGAAGGCCUUCAGGUAUCAGUCCACCCUUACCCGACACCAAGUCGUUCACACAGGCGCCAAACCCUACAAGUGCCCGGAGUGUGGCAAGGCCUUCAAUAACAGCUCGACCCUGAGCCGGCACCAGAUAAUCCACACCGGAGAGAAGCCCUACAAGUGUCAGGAGUGCGGCAGGGCCUUUUACUGCUCCUCCUUCUUGAUCCAGCAUAUGAAGAUCCAUUUCGAAGAGAUGCCCUACAGGUGCAAAGAGUGCGGGAAGCCCUUCAGGCUCUCCUCCCAGCUGAUCCGACACCAGAGGAUCCACACUGGCGAGGAGCCCUACAUUUGUAAAGAGUGUGGCAAAACCUUCAAGUACCAGUCAAACCUUACCCGUCACCAAAUACUUCACACCGGCGCGAAACCCUACAAAUGCCUAGAGUGUGGCAAGGCCUUCAAUAACAGUUCAACACUCACCCGGCACCAGGUGAUCCACACUGGAGAGAAGCCCUACAAGUGUCAGGAGUGUGGCAGGGCCUUUUACUGCUCCUCAUACUUGAUCCAGCAUAUGAAGAUCCAUUUCGAAGAGAUUCCCUACAGGUGCAAAGAGUGCGGGAAGCCGUUCAAGUGCUCCUCACAGCUGAUCCGACACCAGAGGAUCCACAGUGGAGAGAAACCCUACGUAUGUAAGGAAUGCGGCAAGGCCUUCAACUGUACCUCAUACCUCACUAAGCAUCAGAGGAUCCACACCGGGGAGAAACCGUAUGUGUGUCAGGAGUGUGGCAAGGCCUUCAACUGUUCUUCCUACCUCUCUAAACAUCAGAGAAUCCAUAUCGGAGACAGACUCUAUAAAUGCACAGACUGUGGCAGAGCCUACUACUUCUCCUCCCAGCUGAAUCGCCAUCAGAGAGUCCACACUGGGGAGAAGCCCUACGUGUGUCAGGAGUGUGGCAAGGCCUUCAACUGUUCUUCCUACCUCAGUAAACAUCAGCGGACCCAUAUUGUAGAAAAACCCUUCGUGUGUAAAGAAUGUGGCAAAGCUUUUAACUGUCCCUCAUACCUCACCAAGCACCAGAGGAUCCACACGGGAGACAGGUUAUACAAAUGCACAGACUGUGGCAAAGCCUACCACUUCUCCUCCCAGCUGAAUCGACAUCAGAGAGUCCACACCAGAGAGAAACCCUACAGAUGUAAAGACUGUGGCAAGGCCUUCCUUACCUCCUCCAGCCUUAAGCGGCACCAGGAAACCCACACUCUACUGAGACCAAACAGUGUAUAGAGUUUGUGUAUAUGUACAUGUAUGUGUUUAAGCAAAGCCUUAAUAGGAAGAUAGAUGUUACUGGGUGUUUCAUAAAAGGGAAAAACUCUGUUCGUGCACUUAAUGUCUUUAACAACUGCUGAAUCUUCCAUUUGCACCGAAAGGCCCAUAUAUGAGGGGAGACAAUAUAGAUGUCUGGAAUGUGGCAAGACCUUUGAAAGGUGUGUGGCACUGUUUCCGAUUGUGUACUAAACAGACCAUAGUCGAGAACUGUUACAGAUGUGAUGAUAUGGCCUGGCCUUUGAUCAUAGCUCUUUAUUGGACUGUAGCAAAUUCAUAUUGGAAAGAGUAUUGUCCUAUGUCUAGCCCUCAGAACAGUCCAACACUAUGCCAUAAAUCCCCUCAUAAAAAGAUUAGCAGAGCUUUCAUUAAUACCUCAACAAAUCUUUUUUUUUUUUUUAAAAGACAGGAUUUCUGUAAUAACCCUAGAACUCACUCUGUAGACCAGGCUGGCCCCAGAUUCACAGAGAUCUGCCUGCCUCUGCAUUCAGAGCACUGGGACUAAAGGCAUGCACCCCGAGGCUCAGCCCAUACCUCAAAACUUGGAGUAUACGAAGAAUUAUCAUACAACAGAAAUCUUACAAAUAUGUAGAAUGUGGCAAAAUUUUGAACAGCUGCUCAUCAUUAAUCCAUGGGUGGAAAGAAUAUACCACAGGUGUCAGAGCGAUUUGAACUCCUCUUCGAAAGGAUGGAAUUUGUUAUACAUCCACAUUUACUAAGUAACCUCACUUUAAAAACCAUACAGAGCUCAGCCCUCAGGCCAUCUCAGCAGAAAAAUAAGCCUGCUUUCUGAGAAGUUUUAAACCGUUUUUUCCAGAGAGCAUAAAAUUGAUUUUGAAAACUGUGUAUUAUGUAUAGACUUUAUUUUAGUACAUACAUGGAGUGAAUGGUUCUUCACCUGUUAUCUCUGGAAUGUGUGUUUGACAUGUUAUUCUGUCACAGAGAUUGAGCCACCUUACUGCAGCAUGUACAUAACAGCUCUUAGUGAUAUAUUGUUGAGAAAUACUGAAUGUCUGGUAAUCCUUGUUCCCGGUGUCUUUAUUCCUCAAUGAAUAGAUUUGGAGAUUUCCUUGUAUGUGAUAUUUUAAUCCAUCCUUUUUGCACUUAACCCAGAAAUUAUGAAGGAUGUGAAAGUGUAAUAAAGUGUUCUAGCUUUUUGAAUCUUAA